AUCUCAUUUAUUUUGCUCUGUUGGAAGAUUUAUUACCUACUUUGAUUGCUCAUCUGCUGAGAUUUGCCAUUCCAUUUACUUCCCCAUAUAGGAAGUGUUCACUUUUCGAUUUUCAGUUUUUAAUUUUCAUCUUCUCCCUCCCAUUGACUUGCAGGUUUUAUUUAGUUACAGUAAGAAAAGAACACAUGUGUCCCUAUCAAAUGGCUUGCUAAUCCUACAUCUUCACAUGACUAGAAGUUAGAAAAUCUUGCUGGGUUUCUCAUUGUUUUUGCUUAGCUUAGUUUCUUUGGAGGCAGAUGGGCUUCCUAAGAGGAGCUGAAAAAGUUCCAAAAUUGCAGUCUUUCUGAAUCUUCUAGUUUCUUGUUUAGAAAUAUGAAUUGGGUUUUCUUUGAUACCCAGAAACCAGAUUAUUCCCUUUCUCUCAGCCAACCGACCUUCAUUCUUCCUCGGCCAUCCCCUCCUCCUCCUCUCUUCCAGUCCAACAGUUUCAGUGUGGAUAACAAGAUCAGUCCAAGCAUCUUACUCCUAAUCAUAAUCCUUGCUAUUAUCUUUUUCAUCUCUGGUUUGCUUCACCUCCUUGUUAGAUUCCUUCUGAGACCCCCCAUUAGAGAGCCUGAAGAUUUGGAAAAUGUCAGUCCUUUGCAAGGGCAGUUGCAGCAGCUCUUCCAUCUGCAUGAUGCAGGAGUAGAUCAAGCAUUCAUAGACACCCUCCCUGUGUUUGUUUACAAAGCGAUUAUAGGGGCGAAGAACCCAUUUGACUGUGCUGUCUGUCUAUGCGAGUUUGAGGCCGAGGACAAGCUCAGAUUACUCCCAAAAUGCAGCCAUGCCUUCCAUAUGGAGUGUAUAGACACAUGGCUCUUGUCCCACUCCACUUGCCCUCUCUGCAGGGGUAAUCUGCUUCCCGAUUUCUCUCCUCAUGCUAGCUGCUCUCCCAUUGUUCUUGUUCUUGAAUCUGGGAGCGAAAGCUCCAGAGAAUUCGCUGCAGAUAGGGAAGCUGUUCUUAGUACUACCAAUUCAGUUCCAGGAACUAGUGCCCAUCUGGGAUUUCAUGGGGAAGAUGAACUGGAGCCCUCUUCUAAUAAUGUUUCUCAGAAAUCUUGUGAAAUUUCAACGAAAGAGGAUUCCCCUCCUGCAAUACCAGUGGAUUCUGAUGAAAAGGUUGUUCCUGUCAAACUUGGGAAGUUCAGGAAUGUCGAUGCUGCUCCCGGAGGUGGCGGUGGCGGGGAAGGUAGUAGCAGUAGCAGUAAUGUAGAUGCAAGGAGGUGCUUUUCCAUGGGGUCGUUUGAGUAUGUCAUGGAUGAGAGUUCUUCGUUGCAGGUGGCCAUAAGGCCACCCACACGAAAACAGACAAGUAGGAAGCCUUCUCUGCCAUUAACGCCUGGCCACAGGCCUGCCAUGUCUGAAUGUGAUUGUCAUUCUACUAGAUCAGAAUUCAAGGGGCUUGAAGAUAGGAGUACUGAGCUUCAUGGAGCUGACAGUUUUGGUGCUGGAGAUGUUGCCGGAGGUAUCAGAGGGGAAAGCUUUUCUGUUUCAAAGAUCUGGCUACGGUCCAAGAACGGGAAACCAACAUCGUCAACUGAAGAUUCUUCAAGGUGGGCAUUCUCCUUCCGAUACCCUUUGCAGAGGAAUUCGGCAGACGAUUUAAAGCUGAAGCAUAGCGACAGUAGGAGGACAAUCUGUGAGAUUGAUGUCGGCCGGUCGGAGAAUGGUGGCAGUGAAUUGGGUUUGGAUGAGGAAGUCGGGAGCUGUAUCAGUCUGGAUUCUCAGGCUAAUCCACCAUCCUUUGCAAGGAGAACGCUGCUUUGGCUUGUGGGAAGACAGAAUAAAGUGGUUCACUCAUCUCCCACGCCUAAUCCCUGAUUCUUGGCUUUGUUUUUUGAUUACUUGCUCUUGAGAUUCCUGAAUUUUGAAUAAUUAGUAGAAGAUGAGAAACAAAAAAAAAAAAAAGAGAGAAAAAAAAUGUAAAAUUUAUAUACAAUUUUUUUGCAUUUUACUGUAGAAUGCUCAGUUGAGAAAGCAUUUUAUGUGGAAGAUUAAUAUUUUG